AAAUAUAUAACUAGUCAAAUAAAUUUGUGUUUGUUAAUAAUUAGUUGAGUAAUAAAUUUACGACAUUCUUUUAUUUAAAAAUGACGUUUGUGAAUUAUUUAUUUAAAAGUAUCAUAAAUUUAUAAAUAAUAGUGAGUAAGUAUGAGCGAUUAUGUUGCUCCAGUACAAGAAGCAGAUUCUUACAAUGGUGCUAGUCAUGAUAACUUUACUUGGUCACAAAGUAUAAGUGACCUUGACGUGCUCCUGAACAUUCCUGACAGUCUGAUGAGCCCUCGUGACCUCAAAGUCACUGUAUCGAGCAAGGAAAUCAAGGUCGAGAUUCUUGAAAAUAAUUUAACGAUCUGCGCUGAUAGUACGAAAAAAUGGUCGAUUUUUUUUCAAGCCGAAUUAUCCUUUCCUGUGAAAGAAAAUGAAACUAUUUGGUGUAUGACUCCUAAAAAACAUAUUCACAUUCAUAUGGAAAAAAAAUAUGAAAGAUGGUGGGAAGCUCUAAUAGUCGGGGAAUCCAAAAUAAAACUCGACAAAAUUGAUUGUUCGCGUGAUUUUAAUGACCUUAAAUUAGACGAGCAAAUGAAAUUACAAGAAUUGAUGUGGAAUGAAAAACAAAAAUUAUUAUCGAGAACAAGCAAAAAUUCAAGUACACAAAAGAAAUAAAUUAAACAUAAAUAUAAUAAUAUUUAUUAAUAAAUUGCAUAUGAGUUUUACUUAAUAAUUUGAUUACUAUAUCAGCAAAAAUUUAACUGCACAUGACACUUGAUAGCUAAUUAAAUUGCACAUGCGAUAUACUGUAUACAAAUCAUUCAAUUAAAUAUAUAUCAAACACCGUUUGCUCUAAUUUUUUAUCAAUAA